AUGGUCAAUGAAGGGGCUGAGCAUGAUGAGGUAGACCGAUAUCUCAGAGAAGCGAAUGUUCCCAUUUCGCUACGAAUUUACUGGAAAGAGCACGAGCGUGAAUUUCCAGUGCUCUCACGACUUGCACGCGAUUUGCUCUCAGUCCCCGCCACCGGUGCAGGAGUUGAAAGACUUUUCAAUAACCUGAUGAUGUAUAUGUGCAGAGAGAAAUUCACUCUAGAGGGCCAGCAAUCGAGUCUCAUGGAGAAGCCGAUGGAGAGCAAGAGCCAAGAGGCACUUGAAGAAGAUGAGGCGCUUAAAGCAAAUAAAGAAGACGUUGCGCCGAUCAGCGAUGAUGAAGAGGUUGAGGAAAGUGAAGAUAUCGACGGGAAUAUUGUAGCCGAGGAGACAAAUCAAGUAGAAGGCAUGUUGGCAGAAGCAGGAUAG